AUGCUCCUCAACAUAUCUCAACCACUCCGAUAAUUCGUCAGAAUGUCCGCCUCAACAGCAAGCGCUCCACCGCCACCCCUGCCUACAGCGCCUCGUCCCUCCUCCAAGGCCAGCGAACCUAGUCACGCACAAUUCCUCCUGGAGCAGACACGAUCCUCCCUCCAGCACCUCCAUGCCUCUGGUGCUCUGGACGUCAUCACCUACCGGGAUGUAGAACUCAAGCUCAGUCGUGCAGUCCUUCGAGAACCCCAGGCUGCAUCCUCUGAAGCCUCGUCAGACCCGACAGGUAUCUACGGGGAGCGAGCAAGCGACUCCGAAUCUGUCAAGCUGGGCAAACGCAACGCCUGGAUGCGCAAAGCGAUUGCGGAAACCUCGCUCCUGCCGACGCUCGUCGAAUCAGCACUCAACAUCGUCGGCGGCCCUUUUCUGGGGGACUCACAGAUCGACGCCAUAGUCGAGCUCGUGUCCAUGUCCCAGAAUAAGAUUGGCGAAGCCAUCACGAAUCCGCGUAAUCAGAAGGCGGCGAACAAGGCUGCCUUCUCUGGGUUGAAAGGAGCGGGUCAAGGGGUGCAGAGGGGAUGCGCGACCGCUGGGCAGAACAUUGAGAGGAGAAGGGAAGAAAGCAGAGCAAAGACUGAAGAGAAGAGAAAAGAGAAGGCGCAGACGAAGGAGCUCGAGGAAGAGUUGAAGAGGGAGAGAGAGGAGAUGAGGAAGAGGACUGCAGCUCGGAGUGGUGCGGCAGAAAGCAGCGAAGCAGGACAGGGGGCGUCUGCCGCUGCUGACGAAGGCAAAGCGAUGGUUUCAUUUGGCGUGGAUGAUGCCUCUUUGGCUCAAAGCGGCUCAGCAACAGCCAGCGUAGCGGUCACGACGCUGGGAAGCGCAAGCUCGGCGGCCGUCACUACCUUCCAGCCCUUCGACGGCUUCAUCAUCUCGAGUACGAUUGUCGCUUCGCCGCAGGAUGCUAACGCAGGCAGCGAGACCAGAAGGCGGAUGAUGGCCGCAGAAGGGAGCACUUCUACUCUGCCACCGCUCGUCACAUCGCCGCGCAGCCUUUCCACGGCCUCAACGGGCACGCCCAGCAUCGCUGCAAGCACAACGCAGCAGCCACGGACACCGGGAGCGGCAUCGAGCGAGACUAGCGAUGCGCCACCUCUGCAAAGCUUGUCGAGCAUCAGCAAGGAAGACGAGGACAGAUUGCGCAUGAGACAGCCGCCGCCUCUACCGCCCGCCUCUGAGGAGCAGAGGCAGACUCAGCAGCAGCAGCAGCAGCAGCAGCCUCCAGAGCGCAGCGCUCCCCUUCCUCCGCCACCGCAACAUCGUGCUCGUCCUCCUGUUGGGCAACGCACUCUGGACGAGUCGGAGCGCGUUGAGGAUUUAGCUGGCAGCGCCUCAGAUCAGCAUGCUCAGGGACCAGCGGGAAAUGAUGACAGCGAGAGGGGCGAAGGCGCGGCAAGCGGCGACGACGGCGCUGUGGUAGACACGACGGAGAGCAAGCAGCGCAAGAGUGGGUGGAAGAGUCGUAUCUUAGGCUAAGCUGAGCCGUGUGCAUCUGGUGAUUAUGUUG